UCGGUUUCCAUCCCACCAUCAUCACCACCACCACCACCACUGCCACCUUUAUCAUCGUUAUCGUCUCCUUUUCAUUCCAUACCACGGGUGGGUUUACGUUUUACGCGACAUUGCAGCAGUUGCGUGCUGAUGCGGUGUGGUACAGCAUCUUGUGUUUGGGGUGUGAUAGCGCGCGUGUGAGAGAUCGGAACCGGCAGUGUAACCUUUUUUCCCUUGGUGGAAAUUGUGUCAGGCAGAUAGAGGAAGAAGAAAACAACAACAAAAACAUACACACAUUACACCACGUCGCAAUAAUCGCAAAAGAAACCAGAACACACCGCCGUGAAGGCCACACACACGGGCGGGGAUUAGUGAAAAGAUUAAUCCGGCCUUAAAGGAGCCUUUUUUCCAAGUGUCUGCCAGUGUUGUGAUAAAAGAAAAAAUCGAACGCAUAAUUAUAUAAUUUUUGAGGUUUCGUGUAAAUUAGGUCCGUCAGGAAGGCAGAAGUGUAUCAGUCGGCGUGAACGUGGCAUUUAAUACGCCCGAGAAGCGGUUGCAACCGGGAGUGUAACGUUGAAUUUUACACCGCAACGACGGCGACACCAUCCGCACUAGCAGACGGCAAUGAUCAACCCGGUGGAAGCCCUUGCCAGUGUGAGCGGUGCAUCGGUACCCGCAAUCCGGCUCAUUCUUUCCGUCCUUCUCGCCUACCCGAUCGGUGCGCUCUAUCGACAGCUCAAGGGUGGUUCGACGCUACGAAAUCUCUACAUUGCCUUUACCGGCCUAUCGAUCGUGGUGUUUAACUAUGGGACCGAUAUCUAUCACAGCUUGCUGGCCGUUGCGGUUACCUUCCUGUGUAAUGCCUUCCUCGGCAAAACGGCACUGCUGGUACCGGUGAGCUUCUCCUAUCACAUGGGAUAUUUGUUAAUUGGCUAUUAUUACACGACAAGCGAUACGUACGAUAUCAAAUGGACGAUGCCACACUGUGUGCUGGUGCUGCGUUUGAUCGGUCUUGCAUUCGAUCUGUCCGACAGCAGAAAGAAGGAAGCGGAUGGUAAACCGGAUGCCAAAUGUAUACCCGCACCGUCACUGCUGGAACUCGUCGCAUUUACCUACUUUCCGGCCACCGUACUCGUUGGGCCACAGUUUAGCUUUCUGCGCUAUCAACGCUUCAUAUCCGGUGCGUACGAACCGCACACACAGAACGCACCGGCGUACGCGAUGAAGAAAUUUCUCCAGGGUGUGUUCUAUCUCGUGGUGAACCAGGUCGGUACACAGUACGUAUCCGAUGCGUACCUACUAUCGGACGAGUACGCACAGGAAACGCUAUUCAUGAAACACAUCUAUCUCGGUGCCUGGGGACGGAUAACGCUCUACAAAUACAUCUCGAUCUGGUUGCUCGCGGAAGGUGCUGCUGUUAUUUAUGGUCUCACGUACAUUGAUGCGAAACCGGGCGAACGGGAGUACUGUUCGGAUGAGCUGUCGGGCUGCAGUAACAUCAAGGUGGGCGUAUUUGAAAAUACCAGCAAGUACGGACACUACGUUGAGUCGUUUAACGUGCAGACCAACACGUGGGUUGCCAACUACGUGUACAAGCGUUUGCGCUUCCUCAACAAUCGCAUGCUGUCGCAUCUUGGUGCGUUGUUCUUCCUUGCAGUUUGGCACGGUUUCCACAGCGGCUACUACAUUACAUUCCUGCUAGAGUUUAUGGUUAUCCGAAUGGAGAAAGAGGUCGAGCCAAUUUUUGCCAAAAGCGAAAAGCUACAGCAACUGCUGCAACAGCAACCACUCCUGCGGGCACUCGUAUUCGUCGGGCUCAAGUAUUACACGAUCGUGUGGGCUGGCUGGUGUCUUGUGCCGUUCGUAUUUUUGAGCUUCCACAAAUGGUGGCACAUCUACACGGUUGUACGCUUCUCCGGCUUUAUCCUGUUCGUCAGUGGUAACAUCUUCCUAGCCCCGCUGUUGCGUGCCGUCCUGCCUCGAUCCUCGCCCACGGCAAAACCAACAGCUUCAACGACUCAGACAGCUGCUGCUGGUAGUCCGCCGGAAGCAAAGAAAGACAAUUAAACGAUUCUCCUCGAGUGAAGCCCGUAAAAACGUAGCGUUUCUCGAAGGAUGAAUUCAGCCUAAAACACACACACACACUUUGCCUAGCACUAACGUACUUCUAAGGGCGCGACAGUUGUUUGCGCGAUCGACGUGAGAUCUCGUUUUUAAAACCUGCGCUGUGUUUUGCGCGUUGGGUCGUCAAGUUAAUUCCUUCCGGAACUAUAUUUCAUUCAACUUUAUUAAACAACGCAAUUUGCAAUUACAGCGAACGGUGUGUGCUAGAACGAAGCGACUACCAAAUAACAAAACAAAAGUAUAUUCGAAGCCAUCCUCUCUUGCACGUUACAAUAUGCGUAGUAAACAAAAAAACACACAUAACGAGUUAUUUCGCCGACAUGGACAAACACACACACAAUUGCUCUUAUUUGGGCGUAACGGCCUUAUUAAAACUUAUGCGUACCUCGUAGCCGUAUAGUGGUUAUGGUCGUACCAGACCGACACGACAUUGUGGUCGUACCAGAUUAGAUUCGAUCCCCCCGCAAACCUGGGUGUUACGCCAAACGUUACACACGAUAUUGUGGGAUAACUCCUCGACAUAUACACACACAUAAACAUAACGCACUAGAGCCUAAUAUAAAUGCGAUCAUACUGUUGCUUUACCAGAUCAUACUAGGCUAAUCUCUGCGGCUUCCCGAUAAGACACAUUAUACAUUGAUAUGGCGAACGUUGUUAUGUCACCCGUCAACUGUCGGAGAUACUGCUUGAAAGCUCCUCUUUAAACACACACAAAACUACUAUUCCUCUAUCCU